UUAUUAAAUUUUUACACGCAGUGUCUGUUUUUGUCCUGGCUCGUGGUGUUUGUGCUUGUGUAUGAUCAGAUCGGGAUUAGUGGAUGUUUAUUCAGUCAGCAUGGGGUUUUAUUAGUGUCCGAUUCUCUUGUCGGAACGGCAUGCACUCAGUCGUUCACGACAUAUGAAUGGUCGUCGUUAAAUGCAGAGAAACUUGUGGAAUGGUCGGGUGUGCCUCAACGUGCUUAUAAAUAGUAGUAAAUAUAUAAAUAUAUAUAAACUUAAUAUUUCUAUAAUAAAUAUAUAAAUAUUUGUAUAUGUUUUUUAUGGUAAACACUUACCAUGUUUAGCUUUCGUUUUUGUGGCAGAAUAAAUCGUUGAUGAUAAAUCGAAAGCUACACAUCGACUGACAUGGUGUGUUUUCUUAAUCAUCUGAAAAAUUAUUUAAAAAAAAAAACAAAAAAAAAAACACCAUGUCGAAUUGGCCGCAUGAAGUUUUUUGUUGGUUGUGUUGGGAAUUUCCCACAGUCGUGACGUCACUCUGUAACCCAAUCCACCAGCCUGGGCUUUGAAUCUCUUCUUUUAUCACUUAAUCUUUUAUCUUCUUUUAUCACUUAGCAUAUCUGAAGCACAAUCAGUUCUGAUCUGCUCAUAUUAAUUAACUAGCCUAGUAAGCUGAAAGAGUAAGAAAUGUGGUGAAAAGACAUCAAGAAACUGCUAGAAGGUUCCUCUGAAGAAGAUCAUCAUGCAGAGUACGACAAACUACCUGUGGUUGAUCUCGGACCUGCUGGGCCAAGGGGCCACAGCCAACGUGUACCGUGGCAGGCACAAGAAAACGGGUGACCUCUAUGCCGUCAAGGUCUUCAACAACCUGAGCUUCCUGCGGCCUCUGGACGUGCAGAUGAGAGAGUUUGAGGUGCUAAAGAAACUCAACCACAAGAACAUCGUCAAGCUUUUCGCCGUUGAGGAGGAGUCAAACACACGUCACAAGGUCUUGGUUAUGGAAUACUGUCCAUAUGGCAGUCUCUACACAGUACUGGAGGAGCCAUCUAAUGCUUACGGUCUCCCUGAAGAUGAGUUCCUCAUCGUGCUGCAGGAUGUUGUGGCUGGAAUGAACCACCUGCGGGAGUACGGAAUAGUCCACCGAGACAUUAAGCCAGGGAACAUCAUGCGAGUAAUUGGAGAAGAUGGACGCUCUGUAUACAAACUUACAGAUUUCGGGGCGGCGAGAGAGCUAGAAGAUGAUGAACAAUUUGUGUCAUUGUACGGAACAGAGGAGUACUUGCAUCCAGACAUGUAUGAGCGAGCUGUGUUGAGAAAAGAUCACCAGAAGAAGUACGGAGCCACAGUGGACCUAUGGAGCAUUGGAGUCACGUUCUACCACGCAGCUACUGGCAGCCUGCCGUUCCGACCUUUCGAAGGACCUCGAAGGAACAAGGAAGUUAUGUAUAAGAUUAUUACCGAGAAGCCCUCAGGAGCCAUCUCAGGACAGCAGAAGUUUGAGAAUGGCAAGAUCGAGUGGAGCACAGAGAUGCCAGUGUCCUGCAGCCUCUCCAAAGGCCUACAAAGUCUGCUAACCCCAGUUCUGGCCAACAUAUUGGAGGCAGACCAGGAGAAGUGCUGGGGAUUUGACCAGUUCUUUGCCGAGACGAGCGACAUCCUGCACCGCACAGUGGUUUACGUCUUCAGCCUGCAGCAAGCCACGCUACACCACGUCUACAUCCACACGUAUAACACAGCCACACUUUUUCAGGAACUGCUCUUCAGACGCACCAACAUCAGCCCUCCCAAUCAGGAGCUCCUGUAUGAGGGCCGACACCUCAUGCUGGACCCCAACAGACAGGCGCAGACAUUCCCACGUACCAGCAGGGACAAUCCCAUCAUGCUCCUCAGCAGAGAACUUGUCAACACCGUUGGGCUUAUCUUUGAAGACCCAAGCCCUCCUAAAGUGCAGCCACGGUACGAUUUGGACUUGGAUGCCAGCUAUGCUAAGACAUUUGCCGGUGACGUGGGCCACCUGUGGAAAACCUCUGAGUCGUUACUCGUCUAUCAGGAGUUGGUGAGGAAAGGAGUGAGGGGUCUCAUAGAGUUGAUGAAAGAGGACUUCAAUGAGGCGGCACAUAAGAAAGCUGAGGUUUUCCACAUGUGUAACCACUGCAAUCAAACCCUGGAGAAGACUGAAAAGCUAUGUGCAACUUUAAUGCAGGGAAAUAUGUUAUCAGCCGAAUAUGAUGAAAUCCUGGACUUACACAAGAAAGUGAUGAGACUGUCUAACUCACUAAGCUCCAUGGAUCAGACCAUGCAAGACCUCAAAAACAAAUUCCUUCCUGGAGGAAUGCUGACAGAUACAUGGACACAGCAAGUGGGCACACACCCUGAAGACAGAAACGUGGAGAAAAUCAAAGUUCUUCUUGACGCCAUUACAGCCAUCUAUCAGCAGUUCAAGAAGGACAAAGCUGAACGACGCCUACCUUACAAUGAAGAACAAAUCCACAAAUUCGACAAGCAGAAGCUGGUGUUUCAUGCCACCAAAGCCCGUGCCCUGUUCACAGACGAGUGUGCAAUGAAGUAUCGGCUCUUCAUCUCCAAGAGCGAGGAGUGGAUGAGGAAGGUGCAUCAAGUUAGAAAGCAGCUGCUGUCACUGAACAAACAGUUUCUCAAUAUGGAACAGGAAGUGACCGUGAUCAUGCAGCGUGUGUACAAGAUUCAGGAACAGCUCCCACAGAAGAUCAUGCCCAUUGCGUCGAGUGGCAUCAAGCCCCAGGCUUACCUCAGCCAGAGCACUCUCGUGGAAAUGACAGCGGGGAUGAAGAAAUUGAAAGAGGAGAUGGAAGGAGUAGUCAAAGAACUGGCAGAAAACAAUCUCUUUCUGGAGAGGUUUGGCACUCUGACAGUAGAUGGUGGGCUGAGAAAUGUGGACAGAAUCUGAGAGCACAGCACGGCUACAAGACAGCACUGUUUAAAGAAAUAGUUCAGACAAAAAUGAAAAUGGUGUGCAUUGCAUUUUUGGUUAAACUAUUCCUUUAAAGCCAAGGUUUAUUUUGAAGGGAUAAAUAAGAUUGCCAAAUAUAUAUUUCUGUAUAUAUGUUAAUGUAAAUACUGAUCAUCUAGAGAGAUUUUAUUUCACUGUCUUUCCUUUUCUUAAUUAUAUCUGUAAGUUAAAUAAGAGAUGCCUGCUUUUAAGCCUGAUGACCUGCUUAUCUUGACGUCCAUCCAUCUGUGCUUGUACCCAGUUCAUUUUUUUCCCUGCACUUAAUAUUUCUAAGGCGCAUACAACCUUCGGAUAAUUAGACUGUACUGUAUUCGUCUCUGAAUGCUGCACAUGUGCAACAUUAAAGACUGCAAACCUGC